CUAGCCUCAGGCUUGCGGGGUGAAAACCCAACGAUGACACACUGUCCGGUGGGUCGUUGAUAACCAACUUAAGAUUCAUUCCGGUACCAGAAGUACUAAUCCUGACGUGGCACGUCACAGAAACCGCAGCUGGGAGGAGCACAUGGUUUAUACAGAAAGGUGGACAGUGCACUCUUUGUAACGCCAUUCGUCUUGUGAAGUUAGAAGGACGGAGAGAUAAGAGGACAAGAUGACGAAUGCGCUGAUGCAGUUCAGGUACUCGGUGGAGGAGCUAACAGAAGAACAGAUAGCGGAAUUCCGCGAAGCCUUCAAUCUUUUCGACAAAGAUGGCGGCGGUGACAUCAGUGUGAAGGAGCUGGGCAGUGUGAUGAGGUCACUGGGUCAGAACCCGACAGAACAGGAGCUGCAGGACAUGGUCAGGUCUGUGGACCAGGACGGGAACGGCACGAUAGACUUUAACGAGUUUCUACAGAUGAUGCAGAAAGCCAUGAAGAGUGACGUAGACAGUGAAGCAGAGCUAAAGGAGGCGUUCCGGGUAUUCGACAAGGACGGCAACGGAUUCAUCAGUUCAGAAGAAUUACGUCAUGUCAUGACGAAUCUGGGGGAGAAGCUGACGGACGAGGAGGUGGAGGAGAUGAUCGACGCUGCCGACAUCAACGGAGAUGGACAAAUAGAUUAUGAAGAGUUCGCAAUCAUGGUCGACAUCAAAAACAUCUUGAAGAACGACCCAAGGGUUGAAAGCCACGGGCAGCGUCACUGAAGAAACGCGGCAAAGAGGUAGUGGAAUUACGUCACCAAUCUACGUCAUCACCUCCAUGUCUGUCCGCCAUCUUGUUUCCUGAGCCUUUCUGUUGGCAUUGAUUUUGAAUCAAUUUUGUUUUUGCAGCAGUUGCCAAGAAACACUACUAAUUCACUCGAACCUAACCGCCACACUAUCACUGUACAAGAACAGUCAUCAAGAAAUUUCUUGCCUUUGUUUGAAGACGACUCAAAGUUUGUUUUGUUUUGUUUUCUGUUUAGAAUUUGCCAUUAUGGUUGACAUCAAGAAUAUCUUGAAGAAUGACCCAAGAGUUCAGCAGCAAAGUAACGGUUCGCAUCAGAAACACAGAGUCACGUAUGUGUAGAAACGUCAUUUCCGGACACGAUACGUCAUUUCCUUGAGAGGGAGAGAGCUGUGCACCAUGGUUGAAAAUUGCUGCUGCGGGGUCAGCAUCGAGAAGGCCUCCGGUGUUCCGGACAUGCUCAAGGACCAAACACCUGCUGAAGUCAAAGGACGAUAUGAGAACAUGGCGGUCACCCGUAGUUACCAUGGCAAUACGGUUACCAUAAGUCCCAUAAGAACCAGAAAAUUGCCAUGUCUUAACGCCGUAGGCUAGAUAACAAUGACGACAGGUGGUUGAUUUAAGACACUUGCUUUGAUUCGAGAAAAGUGUCAUAUUGUGGACAAAGGCAGCUUAUGGGAAGAGUAGACUCUGGCCAGUAAGAUAGAUGAUACAAUAAUGUAAACUGGUAUCCAUCCUUUUCUAGCUCUGAUCAUGAAUCUUGCUUCUCUAUUGGCACCCAUCCGCAUUGACAUGCUGGGACCAGACAACAUUUAAAGUAAAGCGAUCAUAUAUAGGAGCAAACCGGGGCCAGAAGCGGAUGGAUACCGGGCUAACAAUAGCGAUCCAGCCUAUUAGCACAGUGUCAUCCUCUACCCGAGUCUGUGCGCGGAGUACGGAACGUGAGACCACACAGUCUCACUAUGGAGACAAACGAGUCCACAUGUUUAGCACCUUUAGAGUCUCGUCUUAUUCUCCUCAUCUGAAAUGCACGGAUGUCGUCCUUGCCGGAGGCCUGGCCCUGAAUGGAGACUUAUAGCUUUUAGAGGUCGUUUUUCAAGCGGUUUUAAAUACUAAAGCGGUCGAAACAUCGACCGAAAUAAACUAACCGUUUCUACAGUGUUACAAUCAGGUGACCAGUGCAAUGUUGGAAUGUACAUUAUAUAUAUA